AUGUUUACGGUUCUAGGACGUCGUAUUAGUUUUAUAUCAUUUCUGUGUUUUUAUAGUUUUAUUUCGUGCGCUAUUUCUUUAGACCAAUAUGAAACGUCGGGAAAAACAUUAUACGUGGCAGAAGAACCAUUUCAGAGUUCUGGAAAAUUAACUAUAAUAAAUAAAUUUAAUACAGAAGAGCAUGGUACACGUAUCGAAAGGAAAAAACGCGAUGCGUCGACGACCUUAACGACGCCGGCACCACAGAAAAAUAUAAGUACAUGGACAACACAACUCAACGAUGGUCAUCAGCAAUUGAUGGUGCAUUGGGUAGGUGAAGGAUCAAAGGUCAUAAUUUGCUUGGCAAGAGACUCUAGUCCUAGGGGCAAAGAAACCCUAUCACCAUCAGCUCUUUUCAUUUCUUAUGACUAUGGAAGAACCUUUGUUAACAGAACUGAAAGCUUUAGGUUGGAUGAUACCCCUGACAGUGGAUAUGCUCAACUUGAUAAAUUCUUCAACCAUCCAAAACAUCCCGAGUUUUGUGUUUUUGUGGAUUCAACAAACAAACGUUUAUAUUAUACGGAUGACAAUGGCCAAAAUAUACACAGAUCGGAUCUUAAUUUUCAACCCAGUGAGCUGGCUUUUGAUGAAGAAAACCCCAAAAAAUUUGUUGUUUUGGACAAAAUUGGACGUAACAGAAUGCUCUACAUGACUUUCAAUGGAGGCAAAACAUUCACGCUUAUACAAAGCUAUGUGAAAACUUUUUUCUGGUCAUCAGGACCAGGAUUUUCGAAAGUUUUUUAUGUAGAACGCUGGGAACCCAACGGUAGCAGUACAGUGCUUAGCGUUAACGAUCCAGAGAAUAUGACAAAUGCAGAAGUACUGUUUUCAGAGGCAAGAGAAUUCCAGAUUAAAGGAGAUUAUAUGUUCGCCACGAAGAAGAAAGAUAACAACACACUUGAUCUUUACAUCUCGCACCAAAGAGGUCCGUUCUAUAAAGCUGAAUUUCAAACCGAGCUGGACAGAAGGAAGUUCUAUAUAGCUGAUGUGACAGACAAACGUAUUUUCAUUUCUGUUAUGCAUACAGAAAAUCUAGCAAAUCUGUACGUGUCCGAAAUAAGCAGCAAUUUCACGCAGUACAACUUUGUGCUCAGCCUGGAACAGAUUUUGUGCUACUUCCCACAAGGAAACUGGAAGGAUAGCUGGCUCGAGGACGUAACAGAGGACGCGUUUACAGAUUUGUACCGCGUGGAGGGGUUAAAGGGGAUUUACAUAGCGUCGAAAGUAAACGCUAAGUCGCUGGUUGCUAACAUCGAACCAGAGCAUUUGGUGUCGCUUAUCACCUUCGACCAUGGAGUCACGUGGUCUCCUAUCAAUCCUCCAGCAGAGGACGACAAUGGAAAACCUCUGAGUUGCUUCGAUCCGAACGAUAGUGAAAAAUCUUGCAGUUUGCAUUUGUGCCAGAAGUUUAGCCAGCUCUAUCCGGUCACGAGGUCAGCGAGUAUAAUGAGCUCUAAAUCGGCUCCUGGUAUUAUAAUGGCAACGGGUGUGGUUGGACGUUCGUUGAAAGGAAUCCCAGGUGUAUAUUUAAGCCGCGACGCAGGUCUCACCUGGAAGCGAAUUCUUAAGGACUAUUACUUUUUCAAUUAUGGAGAUCACGGUGGCGUGUUGGUUGCUGUGAAAUAUUUUAAACUACUCGGUGAAACAAGAGAGAUACUCUAUUCCACAAACGAGGGGAUCGAAUGGAACUCUUACCAAUUUAAUGAAGACGAUCUUCGCAUUUAUGGACUAAUGACAGAGCCAGGGGAAAAUACAACUGUGUUUACAAUGUUCGGUUCGGCAAAUGAACAACAUCAGUGGAUAAUUAUAACUAUUGAUUUGCAAAACGCUUUCCCUCGCAAUUGUACGCCCGAUGAUUACAAAUUCUGGUCACCUUCUCCGCCCUACUCGUCUGUAUCAUGUGUGUUAGGCAGAAGGGAUAUUUUCCAACGUCGUCUAGCCCACACAAAUUGCUACAAUGGCAUUGAUUAUGACGGACCCAUUAAGAAAGAAGUGUGUGAGUGUAGUAGGAGAGAUUUUGAAUGCGACUUUGGAUUCGUAUUGUCGCAUAACAUUUGCGAACGUAACAAAACCUCCAAAUACGAUCCGUAUGCCAUCCCAUCGAAUUGUCGUCCAGGUCAUUUCUAUAAACGUACUAAAGGCUAUAGAAAGAUUGAUGGAGAUGUGUGCACAACCUCUGGAUAUCUUCCCUACGUCCCAGAUAUGAUACCUUGUCCACUAGAAGAACCAACGGAAUUCCUCUUAGUUGCUUUAAGAGAUAAAAUAGCUCGCAUUGAUUUGUCCGACAAUUCGACCAUAUUCCCAAUAAAGGACCAACAAAACAUCGUUGCUAUUGAAUUUGACAUGAAAAAUAAUUGUAUUUACUGGGCCGACAUUGAAGUGGAUAAAAUCAGUCGACAGUGUUUUGACUCCGGAUUUACUCAGGAAGUUGUUGUUGAUACCGACCUAGCUAGUAUAGAAGGCAUGGCUCUGGAUUGGAUUUCAAACGUUUUGUUCUUUGUCGAUGGUAUGAGGAAAAAAAUCGAAGCCGUAAGGACUGAUUUGAACAGCGAGGGUAGAAUGCGAGUAACAAUCUUAGACUCUAAUGUACUAUCUAAACCUAGAGGCAUAGCUGUUCACCCUAGGGCAGGUUAUUUGUUCUGGACUGACUGGGACAGAAAUGAUCCUUCCGUUUCCCGUUCGAACCUUGAUGGAACAGAAAUUAAGCGGCUGUUCGGAAAACCAAUUGUACAAUGGCCUAAUGGUAUAACGAUAGAUCAAAUGUCUGAAAGAAUAUAUUGGGUGGAUGCUAUGGAGGAUUACAUUGCUAGUGCUAAUUUGAAUGGACAGUACUUUAAGAAAAUCUUGUGGAACGAUGAGAAAGUCUCUCAUCCGUUUGCGGUUGCAGUGUUAAAGGACAAGAUGUACUGGGACGAUUGGAAGGCCAAAUCUAUUUUCAUAGCGGAUAAAGACAAUGGUCAGGAUGUUAUCACAAUUAACGGCUCCUUCUCUGGCUUAAUGGGUCUGAAGGUGUUUGCACAUUUCAUUCAACACGGAAGUAAUGCGUGUUCUUUGAAAAACACCAGUUGUGAUGCUUUAUGUUUGGGUGGCCCUCGCAACACCUUCAGUUGUUUAUGCCCUGAUGGCUUUGUGAAAAAUAAUGGAAAAUGUAUGUGCCCAAAUUUUGUCGAACCGUAUGCCAAUUUUACAUGUCCCAAAAAACCGGGUGCUACUUGCGCUGCUGAUCAGUUUUCGUGCAAAAACGACAUGUGCAUAGCUUCAUCGUGGAGAUGCGACGGUAACGACGAUUGCGGUGAUGGCUCCGACGAAGCAGAUUGCUCAUGUACUCCGCCGAGGGUAGCUUGCGAUGACGGCAGCUGUUACCUACCACAAUGGCGAUGCGACGGCGAUUUCGAUUGUGCUGACAGGAGCGACGAGAAAGACUGUGGCAAACAUAACUGCACUGAAAGUGAGUUCCAAUGUAAUAAUGGAAAUUGUGUCGAUAAAAGGUGGUUAUGUGACGGAGACAAUGAUUGCAAGGAUGGCUCUGAUGAGAGCAAUUGCACGGUUAUAGUUAGAAGGCCAAAUAUACUGAAUUGUUCAGCGAAUGGUUUUUCAUGUGGCAACGAUAAUAACGGCCUCUGCAUCCCUAAUUCGUGGGUGUGCGACGGCGAAACCGAUUGUCCUGGAGGUGAGGAUGAGAAGGCCGAACGAUGUAAGAACUCCACCUGUGCGCCGUACAUGUUCAGAUGUCCGAGUGGAAAAUGCAUAUUUAAGACUUGGGUAUGCGACGGAGAACAUGACUGCAGCGACGUAGAAGCAUCAGACGAAAAAAAUUGUACCUACAUCGGCCACUCUAAACUGAUCCCUCGCCCGACAACUGAGAAGCCGUUCGACUUCCCGACCAAUAGUUCGUGUUUAGACUGGAUGAUGAAAUGUGACAAUGGAAACUGUAUGCCGUAUUGGUGGCGUUGUGACGGCAUUGACGACUGCGGAGACAAUUCCGACGAGAUCGCCUGUGGUGUGCCUUCCUUCGAACCUAAACAUACAAAUCGGCACGACAGUGUAAGACAGAAAUGUGGAAAGAAUAGAUUCACAUGUGCUCCUGGUGUGUGCAUCCCUCUUUCCUGGGUGUGCGAUUCGCAAGAGGAUUGCAUCGACGGAUCGGACGAGCGCGGGUGCGAGGUGCGGUCGACGGCGGCCCCGGCCACGUGCGCGGCCGACGAGACGGCGUGCGGCGACGGGCGCGGCUGCGUGCGCACGGCGCGGCUCUGCGACGGCACGCCCGACUGCGCGGACCGCAGCGACGAGGCGCACUGCGCGCACGUACACAAACCGGCCGGGCAUUGUCCGUCACAGCAGUUCAUGUGCGACGACGGUACACAGUGUCUGUGGCAGGUCAUGGUGUGCAAUGGUCAUCAGGAUUGUUACGACGGAUCGGAUGAAGCUAAUUGCUCCAGUGCUGAUGAAACUGGCCAUAAUUACCAGUACCUUAGCAUUGGUGUGGAUCAAUCCUCAAUAAAUUCGACAAGUUUUCUAAUUUCGUGCUGGAUGGCGCAGCAAAAGAUGGUGCUCUACAGCUUCCUGCCGUCCAUAUCGAAAGUGAGCGAUGGCAUAUGGCACAAUAUGACAUGGACCAGCGACAGUGUCUAUAGAUUUACAGAUCUAGAACCAUACACGAACUAUAAUGUUACAUUUUAUAUCAAAGACAGCAAAUCGAAUAAGACAUAUCCAUCUAUGAAGUUCAUCAAUACUACAACUGGUGAAGGGGUACCAUCGCCACCACUACGUGUGACUGUGCGACAAAUGAUCGGCAGUCGUGUGGACGUUGUUUGGGAUCCACCAGCAGAACCUAAGGGUGUAAUCCGCUUCUAUACGUUGCACUACGCACCUCCCAUACCUCCAAUUGAGAAGACUGUCUUCGUGUCGGACGGCAAAGGACCUGUCUCUGUCACAGUCAAUGGAUACUUCAAACCGAACAAUAAUUAUUCUUUCUGGGUGACAGCAACAAACAAUGCCUUCACUUCCGAAUCAUCAAAAGUGAUGUACAUAACGUUCGAUGAAGUGGGCGACGUAGACGACCUCGCAAACGUCAGUAUGUCGAGACCGGACAACACUUCGGUGGCGUUACAGUGGAACAAGAUACGCGGCGUCGAGGGCUACAUAGUACGCGUUCAGUUGCCGCUCAACUACGCCAGGGUGAAACCGAUCCAGACCAAGACGAACAAUGCUACUUUGAAAAAUCUUCCACCAGGAGUAAAAUUAUAUAUCCACAUAAUGGCGUAUAAAGGUUCCAUGGUGGGCGAACCUUUCACAAUAACGCUGCGGACCGAAGGCGAACCUCACGAAGUUUUGAACCUAACCGCGAUAUUGUUAAAGGAAAAACGCACUUCCGUUCAGUUAUUAUGGUCGCCGCCACUUGGUGAACGUUAUAAAGGCAAAGAGCUCGAAUAUGAAGUGAUAUAUACUGAUGCGGCACAUUGGAGGAUACCUGGGGAGUUGGAAGGAAGUCACGAGAAGCGUAUACUUACGAAAAACACGAGCAUGUUGAUAGAAGGUCUCCACGCCUGCGAAAGUUACGUGUUUACUGUAGGCCUAGUUGGUGGACCACUUGCUAAGUAUCAAGACAUUGUAACCAGAGAAAAUCCAAAGGCACCUAUAAAAGAUCUGGACUUUGUUUACGACGAAAAGAAAUCUGAACUUAGAAUUUAUUGGCACGUGAAUUGCAAUGCCCUCACUGAGCCCGUGGCAUACAGGUUGGAAUUAACGGAGGAGACACGUAAUAAAGUGAGUCGAUAUCAGCUGAUCGCCACGAAAAACUCCUCUCUCGAACAUGUCAUCCAAAAUGUACCAGUGGGUGGACGAUUUAACAUUUGCGUUAGUGCUCAUGUCCAAGAUGCGUCGAAGCGAUGUAUAAACGUGCGGACAGGCGAGUUGCCAGCUCCACGUGGCUUGGUGGCCUGGCUCGCUCCCAAUGGACAUUUGGUCCUAAACUGGCAACACCCUGAUGGACCCAAUGUGCCAAAGCAUAAAUACCAAAUAAUAGUGUCGGAAAAGGAGAUUCCAGAGGACUUGCUUCAUCCAACGGAAGAUAUGAAGGUGGAAGAAGCAGAAAGGUCACCUUUGCUGAUGACUGUCCCGAGUGGCACGUCCGGUCCGUUGUACGUGAGCGUACGUGCGAUUACGCUCGACGGAUACUACAGCGAUCUGAGUGAAGUCAACACAUUGACUAUGGAGGGCGCGGAGGCGUCGACGAGUCGCGCGGGCGCCAGUGCGCUGUGGUGGGGGUGCGGCGCGGCGCUGGCGGCGGCGCUGGCGCUGGCCGCCGCGCUGCUGCACGCCGCGCUGCGCCGCCGCCGCGCGCCGCGCCCGCAACCCCGCGCCGCGCACACGCCGCGCUACGACAGCCGCCGCGGACAGGCCACCAUCGGCGACCACGAUGACGACGACGUGCCUCCAAUACAAGGCUUCUCUGACGACGAGCCCCUUGUAAUCGCGUGA